AUGGGGGGUUAUAGUGGGGGAGUGAUUGGGGUUGUUGGGGGGGUUGUGGUGUGGGGGGGUUGUGUGUUUUGGGGGGAUGUGGGGGUUGGUUGGGGGAUGGGUGGGUAUUGGUGGGUUGUAUGGUGGGUUGUGUGUAUGGUGUGGGGGGUGGGGUGGGGGGGGGGGGGGGGGUGGGGGGUGUGGGGGGUGUGUUGGGGGGUGGAGUUGGGGGGGGUGGGUGGGGGGGGGUUGGGGUGGGUUGGGUGGUGUUGGGGGGUUGGGGGUGUUGGGUUGGUGUGGGGGGUGUGGUGUGGAUGA